GGUAUGGAUAACCGUUGUUAUUGUUGUACAUCCAAGUUCGGUGUCUUUAAGAAGGAGCUGGGUUGUAAAAACUGUGGGCGCGCUUUCUGCGCCAACUGUUUGACUUGGAAUGCUGUGGUGCCACGCUAUGGCAACACUCAGCAGAAGGUCUGCAAGCAAUGUCAUGGUAAUCUUACAAGUGGGAUACCUUCAAAUGAUGCAGGGAGAUGGUCACCUCCUGAAAACUACAAAAAGCGGGUUGCUGCGUAUGAAGCCAAACAGCAAGGGCAGAAGACACAGCCACCUGGAUCCAGUAGAUAUGCACUCACAGGUCUCCCCCAACCCAAAGGAUUGAGUAAGGAAGAUCAGGCAAUUGCUGAAAGGCUUCAAAAGCUGAAAGAGGACACUCCACCAAAGUCCGUCCCGUCUGACAAAGCUCUUGAGGCUCGCCUGGCUGCCCUUAAAGCUCCCAGCAAGCCAGUGCCUUCUUCACAGGAGAUGGAGGACCGGCUAGCAGCUUUAAGGGGCCAACCUCCUCCUUCACAAGCUCCUCCACCUGUCCACCGGCCUCCAGAUAACAGGACUCAGACUGAACAAGCGAAUGACCUUCUCACACAGAUGACAGAGGAAGUUGCCAUUGAUAAUCAGCUUUCAAAUGCUGGGUGCAGUGAAGAUGACCAAAUGAAUGACCUCAACAAAGGAGAGGAGUGGACAGUAGAGGACAAUCUGGAGCAGAAUCAAGAUUCAGGGAGGCAGCUUGAGACUGAGACAGCUCGUGUUCUUGAGGAGGCCAGAGAGGAGCUGAAGAAGGCUCAUCAUUCUGAUGAGCAGAUUCUCGACAUGGCUAGGAGGCUUGCACAGCUGAAAGGACACGAUCCAGACAAAGUUAAGAUGGAGGAGUUCAAGAGGACCGACAGUGAUGAGCAGACAGAGGAUGAAGCCAUCAUGAGGGUUUUAAAGCAGCUCUCAGAAGAAGCUGCCCUGGAUGAAGCCAGUGGCUACAACAUACCUCCAGAACACAGUGGGCCACGCAACACAGAGAAGAAGAAAUCAUCGAAGAAAUCAACUCAAGCCCCGGCAGCUGUAAAAACGGUGCAUCAGCCCUCUGACAGCGACGAUGAUGAACUUCCGUGGUGUUGCAUCUGUAAUCACGACGCCACUCUACGUUGUCACACCUGCGAUGGAGACUUAUACUGCAACCGCUGCUUCAGGGAAGGACAUGAUAAGUAUGACAGGAAAGAACAUCGCACCUCCAAUUACACUGCGCCAAAGAUGAAAAGGAAGUCCUGAUAGUGACACUGAUGGCCUUACCAAUUCCGGUGAGCUUGUGCUUUCCCAUGAAUUCAUGUUGAUAAGAAUGCCUCACAAGCUCUAAAACAAAUUCAAUAGUAGUUAUACAGUCAUCUAAAAUGUAAAAUAUGUCAAAGUAAAUGUAUCUGAAUAAAGUCUUGACAUGGAAAAGCUAUUUCAGUGGAACCUUUAAUGUCACACAUGAGUCACACAGUCUGUUUCUGUUAAAAAAAACUUCUUAGAAUAAUUUAGGCAUAUUUUUUACAUAUUCAUAAUUAUAUGACCCCUGGGGCAUUCAGCCUCAGACCUUCCACUGUAUCUGCAAAUAUGACUUGAUUUACGUAUAUGAUAACUGAAAGAUCAAUACAAUGUUCUUGAAUACAUAAGCAAAUAGAACACGAGCAAAAGCUGCACAUUUCCAAGAAUAAAAAAGCAUUUUGUGUCUCUUGGCCGACUUCUUCGAUGCAACAAAGGCCACCCUUUAAAAUUCGAGCACAGUGUCUUUAAAUGUUGACAAUGCAUACAAAAGGACAUCACUACUCAUGAGCUCAUUUGGGAUGAUUUACAACCUCAGACUGUCAGCACCGGACUGAAGAAGCUCCACAGCGUCUGUAUAAAAGGAUUAGUGAGGGUUUUGUUUUGUGUUGGCAGGCACCUCAGCCACACUCGUAAUCUGUGUUUGGAUGUGUGUCUAACAUCACAGCAUUGCCUCUCUUCUCCUUGUGUAGAAUUUCAUUGCAGUGGCUGCUGGAGGGUUGCUAGAUCUAUUUUUGUU